UUUUUUUUCAGAAGAAAAGAUUUUCUCAUCCGGAAAUAUUUUACACCUAGCUGACGAAAAUGCAACUCUUUACGAAGAUUCCACUGACCUUCUUUGUCGUCGCGGUAUUUCUCGACUUCACAGUCGCAGCGCCGAAACCAGAAGCUCAAUCAUAUUAUCCUCAGGAAAAUCAACGACAGAAGCCAUUGGAAUUGAACAAUCAGGAUAAGUAUGCUGUUGUCGGAGCUUCGAUCAAAGUGAGCGACGACGACGUGAACACGAAUAAAUAUUCGUCCGGCAACAAUUAUCGAUCACCACAGCAGCAACAAGAGCAGUAUCAAACCAGCACCAGCAAAUACGCUUCUUACACAAAACCCGAGAAGUACUCGAAACCUGAACCUGCCUACGCAAAGCCUCAGCAAUCUUACAAUAAUAACAAGCCCGAUAAAAAAAAUGCAUGCAAUAAGCCGCAUCAGUUCCCUGAGGAUAAUUUCAGUUCCGGAAGUGUGAUGACUUCCGGUUGUUCUGACUUGAAUCCGGUGUUCAAGUUGAUGACAGGAAGUCUUAAUGUUUCGUGGGCUCUCAACCGCUGUGCUGAGAACACUUACGCAACAUGA